AUGUCCCAGAAGAAAACCAAAGUCGACGCCGUCGUCGAAGGAGAGAGGUACGGCGCCGGCACCGGCACCGCCCAUGUUGACCACCUCAGUGACCUCCCAGAUGCGCUCCUCCACAAGGUCAUGUCGUUCCUGUGGGCGUGGGAGGUGGCUCGCACCUGCGUGCUCUCGCGCCGCUGGCGCAACCUCUGGGCCUCUGUGCCCUGCCUCGACCUCCGGGUCUGUUGCAAAGCCCGCCACCGCCGGCUCCCCAUGCGAUUCGCCAGGUUCGCCAACCACUUCUUGCUCCUUCGGGAGGUGUCUGCGCCGUUGGACACACUCCGGCUCCUGUCCAGCCCAACGUCGUCUGUUGAUGAUGAUUCAAUGCCGUAUAGCCCUAAAUAUGAUGACGACAGGGAGGAUUACUGCUCUACGGAUGUCGACAUGUGGAUCCGUGCUGCCAUAAACCGCAGGGCACGGUUUAUCGAGCUUAGUCAUCAUCCAAGGGAUGAUGCCUUCUCUGAUCUUGAGCACGUGCCGUUCAUCUCCUGCCACCUGAAACACCUGCACCUGUCGGGUACAAUGUUGCGAGACAAGACAUUAAGGCAGCUCUCUUCUCAGUGUCCUUCUUUGGAAGUCCUGGAGCUCAAGGAGUGCUUCCUGUAUGCCCCCCAGAUAUCAUCUGCCUCACUUAUUAGUUUGACCAUGGUUGAGUGCAGGAUCAUGGCUGACCUGUCCAUCGCUGCUCCGAGCCUUGUAUCACUGCGCUGUGUCAUACCAUACCACCGUGCUCCGUCGUUCGAAAACUUGGGGUCGCUGGCUACCGGCACCAUCAUGUGA